ACAAAUAUUUUUGUUAUUAAGGCCAUCGCCGUCCUCAAGUUUCUAUUAGGGUUCAUAGGCGAGGGAACAGAGUGAGUUAUUUCCUUCCCUUGUGAUCUCUUCUUACAAUUCGCUUUUUGAAACGAAUCACUUCGUAAGAUCCUGUCGUUGUUUCACUUCAAUCGUCUUCCAAUCUCUCUAAUACAUGGGAUUGUCUGGUUCCUUAUCAUGUGUAGGUUAAUCGAGAAAACAUUGAGAUACCUUUUUUCUUGAGCUAACAUUCGUCUCUGGUUUCCGAAAUAUAAUGGAUAGAAUCAGUCACUUACCUGACGAAGUCCUAUCGAAGAUUUUGUCAUUGCUUCAGACAAAAGAUGUUAUGCGAACCAUGCUUUUGUCUAAACGCUUUAAGUCUCUCUGGAUGUUUGUAUCAAGACUCGAGUUUGAUGAUAGUACUCACUUUCCCAAACCUCUGUUUGGGGGAGCUUUAGAGCCUGAUUAUAGAAUAUUUCGGCAGUUUGUGGACAGAUCUUUGAUGUCACUGGAAGGUCAGGUUCUACAAAGUCUGUAUCUCAAAUUAGGUCGACAUUUCACAGAUGGAGAUGUUGCGAUUUGGGUUAGAAGCGCGUUGAAACGUAGUCUAGUGGAGCUGAAACUCGAAUGCACAGAGUCAAACUUACGCUCAUACGUAUACUCGAAGUGCAGGCAUUUUCUUCCAAAAAUUCUAUAUACAACUUGUGAAACACUUGUGGUCUUAAAACUUAAAUAUGUUGGUUUGGAUGUUCCUGACCUAGUUUGUCUAAGGUCUCUCAAAACUUUAUCCCUCAAAUCUGUGUUUUUCUCUAACCAGCGUUCUCUCCUUAGACUUUUACCCAAUUGUCCUGUUCUUGAAGACUUGCUCAUACAAAGAAGACCCUAUUCCAAUCCCGGUCUGAUUUUCCAGAUUGUAGUGCCUUCCUUGAAGAGAUUAUCUUUGAACUAUUAUGGAAUCAAGGAACUUGAGAUAGAUGCUCCUUCUUUGAAAUACAUGCACAUUGUAGAUAGUUCGCCUGACCUUUUAGUUAUCAAGAGUUUGAACAUCAAUGAGAUGGUUAAGGCCAAUAUUCAUAUUAAUCUUAGCCGACCCGAGAAGCUUCUGCAUUCUCUUUCUUCAGCCGAGCAUAUUCGUUUAUGUUUAUCAGCUUCAGAGGUUGUGUAUCCUGUUGGUAGUUGCUUCCAUAGACUCAAACAUUUGGAGGUAUGUACUUGCAAAUCAGAGUGGCUCGAUUUGUUUAUGCAUCUGCUCGAAGAUUCACCUAGUUUAAAGGUUAUCAAAAUCAAUCAGUGUCAUCCUGCUAACUAUGUCCGGCCUCGCUGGAAUCAACCGAGCUCUGUUCCAAGAUGUUUGUCCUCAAAUCUUGAAAUUUGGGAGUGGAUCAAGUACGAAGGAACGCAAGAAGAGAAAGAGCUUUCGACAUAUAUCUUGAAAACCGCAGUUUGUUUAAAGAAGGCGAGUUUCACCGCUAAUUCCAAUGAUGACAAGAAGAAACUGCAGAUGCUUCAGAAGUUAUCGUUGUCGCGAAGGGUUUCAUCCACUUGUGAGCUUGUAUUCAAUUGAAAUGUUCAAGCUAAUCAGUGAUCACUCUCAGAUCAAACCUCUUCAGAUACUUCUCAACAACAUGUCUUCUUCUUUUGACAAAUUAUUUGAUUCUACUCUUAAAAAGUGACAGUGUACGUAUGCAACAUUCGUUUUUUUUUCCUUUCUCUUAUGGAGUUUCAUGUUAAAGUUUGCAGUUAUAUUGAAUCCUUGUUUAUGGAAAGUCUAUAACUGCGUUAGUAGAAACUAGAAGGGUUGAAUGUUAUACCCAAAAUUUGCUAAAGUAGUAAAGUGUAAAAUUCAUAAUUUUAUCGUUGUUUUUAAGUGCAAAAUUUGCUGUUGUUAUUGGC